AUGAGGAAAGAUCGAGAGGGAGACUCACUCCACACGUCCACUUUGGGCGGAACGACGGACGACAAGCCAGAAGAAAUACGUACUGGUAUGUACAGAAAAUUAUUUAACUCUGAACAAAUGAUAACUGGUAAAGAAGAUGCUGCGAACAAUUUUGCCAGAGGAUUCUACACAGAGAACAUUAACAAAGCACUGAAGAGCAUUCGACGUCUCGUGGAAAACUCCGAUAGCCUGCAAGGUUUUCUGAUUUUCCAUUCACUCGGCGGCGGUACCGGAUCCGGCUAUGAAGCGCUACUCAUGGAACAUCUCUGCCGUGACUAUGGAAAAACGAAUAAACUGGAGUUUUCCAUUUAUCCGGCUCCCAUGACUUCGACUGCUAUGGUGGAGCCAUACAACGCCAUCUUAUCCACACAUAACACACUCACGAAUUCUGACUGUAGUUUCCUAAUGGAUAACGAUGCGAUAAAUGACAUCUGCCGAAUAAGAUUGAACAAGAAAGCUCCAAAUUACAGUAAUUUGAAUAGAAUAGUAGCGCAGGUAGCCUCUUCUAUAACCGCUUCAAUACGCUUUAGCGGUGAACUGAAUGUGGAUCUCAGCGAAUUUUCUACGAACCUCGUUCCUUUUCCGCGUAUCCACUUCCCUGUAGUGGCUUCAAGCCCUCUACUUGCAGAAGAGAAGGUGAGAAAUUUCUGGAUGGACUCAGAAUGGGCCCUCGGUAAUGUCUCCUCUAUAUUCUUGCGAGGCGAUGACAGUGAGCGGAUGUUAUUUCUAUUCUCUAUGGUGCUGUUUGGACCGUCAGCAAAUGGUGAAAUGGAGCCUGCGGGUCAAUUGGCAAAAAUAUGUUACAUUGUGUUUUGGACUAAUUAUGAGUGCCGUCUCAAGGGCAGACAAGCUUUUGUAGAUAGGGUGUAG